AUGGUAGCAGCACUCAUUAUCUUCUCUAUGGUUCUCUAUGCCCUAUUGUGCCUUCUGGGGAUCAUGGCUAAUGCCUUCAUUGUUGUGGUAUUGGGAAGGGAGUGGGUUCGAUGCCACCGGCUGUCUCCUUCUGACAUGAUCCUGAUCAGUCUGGGCAUCUCCCGCUUCUGCCUGCAGUGGGUUGGAAUGAUAAACUGCUUUUACUAUUUUCUCCACAGGACACAAUAUAACACGGGGCUUGCCCGCCAGUACUUUGGGCUUUACUGGGAUUUUCUGAAUACGUCCACAUUCUGGUUUGGCACUUGGCUUAGUGUCCUCUUUUGUGUGAAGAUUGCAAACUUCACUCAUCCCAUUUUCCUUUGGCUGAAGUGGAGAGUCAAUGACCUAAUACCGUGGCUUCUACUAGUUUCCCUGCUAAUCUCGUUCAUUGUCACCAUGCUAUUUUUUGUGGGGAACAACAUUAUGUACCAGGCAUUUUUGAAGGGGACAUUCUCUGGGAACCUAACCUUAUAUGGCUUCGCUAAGAGACUAGAAAUCCAGUAUUUCCUCCCUUUGAAACUCAUUGCUUUGUCUAUCCCCUGUUCUAUGUUCAUAGUCUCAACAGUUCUUCUGAUUGCCUCUCUGCGGAGACACUCCUGCAGAAUGCAACACAGUGCCCGAAGGACCCAGGAUCCAAGUGCUCAGGCUCACUCCAGAGCUCUGAAGUUUCUGGUUUCUUUCCUGGUCCUCUAUGCUCUCUCGUUUCUGUCUUCAAUCAUUGACGCUGCUGUCUUUGCUUUGAUUGAGAAGAUCUGGUACUGGCCAUGGCAAAUUCUGAUUUUCUUGUGUGUUUCAAUUCAUCCCUUCAUCCUUAUCUUUGGAAACUCCCAGCUAGGAGGAACUCUCAGGAAGCUCCUUCGGCUGCCUAAAACCUUCUGUAAUGACAAGGGGACAUCGUCUCCUUCCUAG